GGGCAGGAGUUGCUUGUGUGCUUUAAAAAGCUUCACAGUCUGGGCAGAGAGGAAGAUGAACGGCGGAUGGGUGGGACGACGGGAGCGCUAGACCCUAGCUGUGGUGCGUUGCAUUGGCUGCCCGCACACCCUCACCAGCAGAACGCCACUUGCAUGGCGGGCUCCAGGUUCUCCAGCCCCGGAGUCUACAUGGGAAACGUAAGACCGCUAGGGGGGUGAAAAAAGAAGAGACUGACGAGCUGUACGACGAGGCUUCGCCAUGGAUUGCUACAUUGGACCUGACCCAUCCCACACAACAGAAUUAGGAAGAAAGGAACGUGCUCAGCUUCAAGGUAAAACAGUUAGCAGCCAUGGCCAUCCGCGUUAGGAAGGCGCCGGGUAGUGUAGACGGUGCAUCGAGGAGAGUCGGCCGCGCCGACGGUCCGUAUGUCUCAGAACCCACACAGCGACAGACCGACGAUUAUAACAAACCCAUAGCGCGGUGUGGGGCUAGCGCACGGAGCCGUCUGGUGUGACGAUAAAUUGUGGCUGUCCAUUCGAGGCAUGGCGAUUGGCACCCGCAUCUCUCCCUCGCUUUCGUUUCACCUCGCGCGCCCUGCUGCAUGAUGUCCUCUGCAUUACGUUCUCUUGCAGGCCGGUCCUAGGAAUGCGUGCUGCGGCCCAGCACAGCGGCCUGCUAGGAGCUUGUGCGGCAGGUGGGAUGUGGCAGCAGCCAAGUGCACUCAUGCCUAUUUGGCGGAGGUGUGGGUCUGGAACUGGAUAGUCGCUGGGGGCGCCACACACUAGCAGCGCGUCGCGCACGUUCUCGCAGCUGUAUGCAGAGCGACAGGGCGGCAUCCGUCACACACACGGUCGCCGCAGCUAGGUCCUUGCGUCCGCCGCGCAGCGCUGCAUGAUGGUGAGGCAGCCUGGCGGGGCCGAACGGGCAGCGGGCGGGGAGCAGCUAGGUGCAGAUCCGCAUGCCGCACUGCUGGCGCCGGCAACGGGGGGGGGCUCCAUGGCGGCGUCCGUUGGCCCAAGCGCAGUGACUGAGGGGGCUGCUGGUCCGGCACCCGGCGACCUCUGCGUGCCGUACUUGGCGACCUCUGCGGUAUGCAUAUUGAAGACUGCAUGUAUGCCGCAAUGGGCCGCUGCUCCGCCAGUUCUGCGGCUGGGUCGAGGCUCACGUUGAAGCGCGGAGGUGCAUAUUGGUUCAUAGCGGCUGGCUGCAGCUGGGGUAGAGCAGCUUACAUGCCCGCAUGCAGGAUGCAGGCGAGGAGGUUCUUGUCGGUUGGCUACGGCUCAGGGUAUAGCAGCUCACUCGCCCCGCAUGCGGCGGUUGGAAGGCAGGCAUUGCACGUGUACCGUGAUGGUGGAGGGAUUGCUCCUUGGCAGUGUGGUGCUGCCGGACUGGCUGGCGCUGCGGAGACAGCGCCUGACGUGACACUCGCUCUGUGUCGGGCUGUCACUCAGCAGCGUUUCUUCCGGCUCCUGCAAAACGGCGCAACGCGUGCGUGCCAGCCACCGCACACCAACACACGAUGGCAUGCGUGGAAGCAGGCGAGCUCUGGCCGGCAGGAGUGCUGCAGCACUGCCAAGCACAUGAUUCGCCCCGGCGGCGUAGCUCUUCGGUGAAGCUCUUCGGCGCUGGAACCUGUGUGUUACUCGUGUAAGCACGUUGAUGAGCGGUAGUGAGCAGCUAGAUGUUGACUUCACAGCGGUGGUGAUCUGGUGUGCGCGUUCGUGUGGAAAGUUGCCUUACAGUAUCGUACGUCCUACAGACGUUCGAGGACUUGGGUGCGUUUGUUGUUGGGCCUGUACGGCAGGGGCCGACAUGCACUGGGCAGCAGCCGAGGUGUUAAGAGGUGCCUUCCUCCUUACUGUGGGUCCCGGAUGUGCAACUCUGUAGACGCGCGGUAAAUUGGGGGCAACGUUAAGAGUUAAGAGAAGGGCGGUGCUUGAUCCUUCCAUGCAAAACAGCCCGCGGAGUAUCUACAUUGCCGUACACCCAUCAUUGGGCGCUCUGUUUUGUCAUGUGCGCAUGAACCCGUACACAACGGACAUACAUGUAUAGGGAGUUAGUGGCCACUCAUAUUUACGGGCGAAUGGCUUCGUGCUGAUGUCGUUAUCUGGUGUUCUUGGUGUUCUACCCUUUGCGGUAGAUCCUCGGCAUUUGUGUUGAUGGCGGGCCAGCCGAGGAGCAAACACGUUUGCCUGCCUGUAUCAUGAUUCGUGCCACAGGACAUCCGCUUUCUCUGCGCCCCCCUCAUCCUAACCAACGCCCCCGCAUAACCUAACCAACGCUAAUGAAUAUUUGCCGGUGUAUGUGCUUCCUUGCUACAUGGACACAUCAUUUGCGCCGGAUGCUCCCAACACCCGUUGUGAAUCUGUCCUUGAAAACAUUCACUUAACGGUUGCUGUGAGGAGAUUAGGCAGGCACUCUUAGGUGCUCGUGCGGAGACCGUCCUGCAAUGCGCAGCCGCUGUUGGCAGUUGUAUGUAGCGUGGUUAGUUUGUGACAUUGCCCGCAGCUAACCAGGUCAUGAAGUACGGCGUGACAUGCUUUUCUGUCGCGGGUGGAGAUUCUAAGUUUUGCCGAGCCUUCCAGAAAAGCAGUGACCACAUGACCCAUGGGUCAAAAACUGUGGAGACGCAGUGAGCUGCUUCGGUUGCAAGGGUUAGGUGCGGUGCUGAGUGGGUUUAACGUUCCGAUCGGUGCAGUAGGUGGCACACGGAGAGGGUUUAUCCUGGUUUGCGGGAAGUGCAGCGCCACCACUUCUUGCCUUCUUUGUCAUAGACGUGGAUGCAUUUGAGACAAGUUUUACACUAUCCCAGCCGAUUCUAAGCCUCCGAGUGCUUACCGCUUCUUUUUUCUGGGCCUGCAAAGGGGUGGUGGUAAGGAAAUCCUUGGCAAACUAUGCUAAGAUAGCCAGAAGUAGGGUGCCGGACCCACCCACCCGUCGUUCUGCUUUUGCUGCACAACAAUGUGAAUACUCUACAACUG